GACGUCAUCUCCGGGCGCCGAAGGUGACUGGACUUACCGUGGGCUCCCGGCGCUGCGGUUCGCUCUGGUUCGGAGGGCGGAAGUGCCCGCUGGGCUAUUUUCUGACCCCGGCGUGACACUCUGUGCGGCUGCGCGCGCACUGGGACUUCUGCUUCUGCGCCUCUGCAGGACGGUGUGAUCCCGGCAGACCGAACUCGACCGAGCGUCUUUCCCGCUGCGGGAAGCCGGAGCAGAGCCGGCACCUCGGUUUGGCUUUGGUUGAAGAAAGAACUUAGCCUAUAUGUACUGCUUUAUCCACUGGAAGAAUGACAGAUGACAAAGAUGUGCUUCGAGAUGUGUGGUUUGGACGAAUUCCAACUUGCUUUACUCUCUAUCAGGAUGAGAUAACUGAGAGAGAAGCAGAACCAUACUAUUUGCUUUUGCCAAGAGUCAGCUAUUUGACGUUGGUAACUGACAAAGUGAAAAAGCACUUUCAGAAGGUUAUGAGACAAGAUGAUGUUAGUGAGAUAUGGUUUGAAUAUGAAGGCACACCCCUGAAAUGGCAUUAUCCAAUCGGUUUACUAUUUGAUCUUCUCGCAUCAGGUUCAGCUCUUCCUUGGAACAUCACAGUGCAUUUCAAGAGUUUUCCAGAAAAGGACCUUCUACACUGUCCAUCCAAGGAUGCUGUUGAGGCUCACUUCAUGUCCUGUAUGAAAGAAGCUGAUGCUUUAAAGCACAAAGGUCAAGUGAUCAACGAAAUGCAGAAAAAAGACCACAAGCAGCUCUGGAUGGGACUGCAGAAUGACAGAUUUGACCAGUUUUGGGCCAUCAACCGGAAACUCAUGGAAUAUCCUCCGGAAGAAAAUGGAUUUCGUUAUAUCCCUUUUAGAAUAUAUCAG